UGGAGAAGGGAGUGGACACACAUGAGCCGAGUCGGCGAGGUGGAGGCCGCACUGAAGGUCCCCAGGAACCAUUCUGUGGCACUUUCCUUUGUUUUGGCUGAGGACGAUGAAGGCAGCCGCAACCACAGCCCCCGGGGACCAAGAACUGGAACUAGAUAAUGAGUUACAAGGCACUAAUAGUUCUGGAUCGUUGGGUGGUCUUGAUGUUCGAAGACGAAUUCCUAUAAAGCUCAUCUCCAAACAAGGGAACAAAACCAAAACCGCACCUCGAGCUCCAAGGACUAUAAACAGGAUGCCUGCAAAGGCUCCACCUGGGGAUGAAGGAUUUGAUUAUAAUGAAGAAGAACGGUAUGACUGUAAAGGAGGCGAACUGUUUGGAAAUCAGAGAAGAUUUCCUGGACACCUUUUUUGGGACUUCCAGAUAAACAUCUUAGGUGAAAAGGAUGAUACACCAGUUCAUUUCUGUGACAAAUGUGGAUUGCCUAUUAAAAUCUAUGGGCGAAUGAUUCCAUGCAAGCAUGUUUUUUGCUAUGACUGUGCUAUUUUACAUGAAAAAAAAGGAGAUAAGAUGUGUCCAGGCUGUAGUGAUCCUGUGCAGCGAAUCGAGCAGUGUACGCGAGGUUCUCUCUUCAUGUGUAGCAUUGUUCAAGGGUGCAAGAGAACGUACUUGUCUCAGAGGGACUUACAGGCUCAUAUCAACCACCGCCACAUGAGAGCUGGAAAACCUGUUACCCGUGCUUCGCUCGAAAGCGUCCAUCCUCCUAUCGCCCCACCGCCGGCCGAAAUCCCCGAUCGCUUUAUAAUGCCUCCAGACAAGCACCACAUGAGCCAUAUCCCUCCAAAGCAGCACAUCAUGAUGCCGCCGCCCCCUUUGCAGCACGUGCCGCACGAGCACUAUACCCAGCCACACGAGGACAUCCGUGCUCCUCCUGCAGAGCUGUCCAUGGCUCCACCUCCACCUCGCUCGGUCAGUCAGGAAACCUUUCGUAUUUCAACAAGAAAACACAGCAAUCUAAUAACUGUCCCUAUUCAGGAUGACUCAAAUUCAGGUGCUAGAGAACCACCACCUCCUGCCCCAGCACCUGCUCACCACCAUCCUGAAUAUCAGGGCCAACCAGUGGUAUCGCACCCGCAUCAUAUUAUGCCUCCACAGCAACAUUACGCACCACCCCCACCUCCUCCACCACCAAUCAGCCAUCCAAUGCCACAUCCUCCCCAGGCCGCAGGUACUCCUCACUUGGUAUAUAGCCAAGCUCCACCUCCACCAAUGACCUCUGCUCCACCACCAAUCACCCCUCCCCCUGGACAUAUUAUUGCCCAGAUGCCACCUUAUAUGAACCAUCCUCCUCCAGGACCUCCCCCACCUCAGCAUGGUGGUCCGCCUGUAACCGCACCCCCUCCUCACCAUUACAAUCCUAACUCUUUACCCCAGUUCAGUGAAGAUCAAGGAACUCUGAGCCCUCCAUUUACACAACCAGGGGGAAUGAGUCCUGGUAUAUGGCCUGCACCGAGAGGGCCACCUCCUCCUCCACGAAUGCAGGGUCCGCCUUCUCAAACCCCACUUCCUGGACCACAUCAUCCAGAUCAGACAAGAUAUAGACCGUAUUACCAAUGAUUAAUAGUACUUUGAACUGAAGAUAUGAUGAGGAAAAAAAAAAAACUUAUGUAUAGUCAAUCUUUUAAUUAAGCUUUGACUGUUUGGGGGAAGGAAGAGUACCUCUUAUUGAGGUGACCGCAAAACAUUUAGGGUCUUGUCUCUUAAAAUGGUUUUAAAUCUUGACCUUAGGAUUGACUUCAAGUACUAUACGGUAGUGCAGAUAAGUGGCUCAGUUGAGCACAGCUACGUUUUAACAACUUUGUUCCCCUAGUGUGGGUGUGGUAAAUUGACCCAGAGGUGACCAUUUGUAAAAAAUUUGAGAAGAAUUUUUCAUUGUUCCACUUCUAAAAAUAUGGCUUUUGUUAAAUCCAAUGUUUAGUUUUUCUUGUGAUACAUUUUGUUAACCUGUGUAAGAGGAUUAAAUUUCAAAAUGGUUGUAAAAAUGCUAUUUUUAUGUGAAUUUAAGUGCAGCCACAUACUGUUUUUUAAAACCAUAUGUUUUACCACUAAUUUCCCAAAGUUACAAUAAAAUCCUAAAAGUAAAAAUCUACUAGAAUUUACUGUAAGGCAGACUGUUAAAUGGUAGAGAAUUAUUUCACAUUUUAGGCACUGAAAUUUUGAGGUAUAUUAAAUAUAUAAUGCACUUCACUUGGAUGCCUUUUUGUUUUUAGGCAGCCUCAGGAGCACCAAAAUACAUUGGAAUUCCAUAUUUAUGUUCGUAAUAUUAAAAGGCAUUAGUAGUUAUUUGGAAAGAUAUGGCCAAAGCAAUUGACUCUAUAGGCUCCAAGCUAUUGGGGGAUACUGUUACUCGUUAAUGCUUUCUACCGAAAGGUGGGAAUCACAUGAUGCACCACAUUUACUAAUCUUAAGUAACAUUAUUUUAUAGAACUGUUUAAAACUGUGUUAUCUAGAUGAAGUGUGUUCUACUCUGCUCAUUGUCUUAAACUUAAAUAUUUAGGGCUGAAUAGGCUUUGUAUAAUUCCUCAUUUCCUGGUAGAGUUUGAUCUGUGCUUUGAGUGGGUUCUUGUCUCUUGGGUUUUAAAAGUACAAUUUGAAUGCCAUCGAGGAAUACUAUAUUAAUGAAGGACGUUCUUGUAAUCACAAACUUGCGUUGCUCAGGUUUCAUUACUAUGUGAUAAGGUUUUUUCCUCUAACUUGAAAUUUUAAAAGUGUUAAUUAUUUCCUAUUCCUUUCAUUGGUUAAGCACUAUAAAAUUUGGAACAUUUUAAAAGGGAGUCAACAGUGCAGACCACCAGACGAUUUUGUAUUGGAAAAAAGUGAUGACUAAAUUGUGAAUUUCAGAGCUUUAUAAGGUGCCUUUAGAGUCAGCUUUUGCAUUAUAGGGGCUUGUUACAGUCCAGCUAAGAUGACCACUUAAUGUUUUAUACAGAUCUCAUAUGUAUAAAUCAAUACUCUUAGGAUAUUGUUUUAUAUCCUUUGGAUAAACCCCUGUGAAGUAUUUCCUCCCCCCUAAAAUGGUGCAUAAUAUAAACAUGAAAAAUGUAGUAUGCAGAUAUCAUUUAUUAACUAGUUUGUAGUGCAUAAAUUUAGAACAUUUCUUCUUGACAAAGGGUGAACUGAUGGCUAAUUUACCAUUUAAUUCUGUCAGAUACAAGCAAAAAACAGUUUCUCAUCUUGGAUCAUCAGUUGCAGAGGCGUCUAUGAAUUUAGAGCUGAAGUUAGAGAUGAUAUCAAUGAUCAUUUCAACCUUGACCAGCUGAAAAUAACGAAUAUGCUUUUUUUUUUUUAAGUUAAUGGAGUGAUUUUUCACAUCUAGCAAUUUGAGAGUCCAGUGUUAAUGCAAUAGAUGUAGUGAGAAAUUCUUGUUACUAGAAGCGUGGGAGUGAAGUAUGAACUAGUGUGAAAUGGUGGUGGUGAGUUCUUCUAUCAUAUUACUGUAGGUACUUGGACUGGUGCAAACUUGAUUCCUUUUCAUGCCCCUGUUUAGGAGCUGUUAAAAUAUUACUGUUGAAAACCCAAUACCAUUCUUUGUUUCUUGUGAUAAGAAAAUAGCCAAAUUCACUUCAGAGCUUUUCAACUAUAAGGAGCCCUCCUGUUUUUACUGAAAUUCACUAGAGCUGAACGUGGCAUGAAACCACUUAGCCUAUGUAUUGGACAAAACAAUUAGUAUCAUGAUAAACUUCCACAUGUUUAAGAGAUUUCUCAUAGACUUUAAAAAUGAUUUCUUUUCAGUUAGGUUUAAAAAAUAUGUGUUAUGCAGGGAGGCAGAUCAGAUGAAUGUGUUAUAGCAGACAAAAUUUUUAAAUGGUGUUAGACUUGAAUUCAUCCAGUUAUUAUUUGAAUGAGGGUGGGUGGGUAGAAGGAUAACAAAAUUACUGUUAGUGUUUCUUUCCUUAAGGAAAAAGAUGUGAAUCCCAGCCUUAUUUCAGGGAAGCCUUUGAAGCUAUGAUGGACAUAAGUCUAAAUUAAAUGUAUGUAUGUUUCAUUAUAUUGCUCUUAAGACUACUGAGGUGGCAGUUUAAUUCUUAAAAACAAUAAAAUGGAAGCAUAAAUACUA